AUGAGCGAUGAAAAGUCCAAACCAACGUCAGUGCUGCAGCAUAUAGAAUCGGCGCUAUAUGUGAUCAACCAGCUGUGCAUAGGAUUCGUCACCAUUUGGGUCAGCUGGACCUGUUUGCGCCAGGACCUCUCGGGAAUUCGCCUGCAUGCCUGGCUGGUUACCUUCGGAUUUGUGUUCCUAAUGGCCGAGGGAAUGAUGUGCUUCUACGACGGUAGUUGGCUAACGGUGCGUUACUCCCGAAAGUACAAGACUGCCUUUCACGUGGUCCUUCAGAUCCUGGGGGGCGGCAUGGGCAUGGCCGGCUGUUUGAUCCAACUAAUACGUGACGAUUGGGCAAUCAGCGUCACGUUGCAUGCACGCCUGGGUUUCGCCGCCUUCAUCCUGUGCCUGAUCUCAUUGCUGAGUGGACUUGUCGCCUUCCUGGCGAGAUGCCUGAGCAGGACCAUCUCACCUUUGGUCAACAAGACCUUCCACGUGGUCCUCAGCUUUGCCGCCUUCGUCAUCGCCAUGAUGGCGCAGUUUUACGGAUACACGCAGACUGGAAUUUUCAGGGGCCAAGGCCAGGAUUUCGUUGUUCUCAUGCAGGUCGUCACUAUGGUCCUAAUGGUCCUAACCAGCAUUGGCGCCAUUACGUCCCUGUACCAGAAACUUGGUAGCUUGGCCAGUUAAA